AUGUCUGUCUCAGACUUUGGUGUCGUCGCCAUUGUCAUCCCCAAUCCUGAAUACGACAAUUCCAAUGGCGCCCGGAUAGUCACUGAUGCCUUUGGCUUUUCGCUGCGAGCCUCCGGCGUGAUACGCACUCUAUCGGCCAACAAUCCACAGCGUUGGAACGUCAUCCAAGGCCUACUCUACUACCCAGAGCUCCCGGACGACACGCCGUGCAGCAAUGCAACACAGUCUCUCGCACCUGCCAACGUAACAACACGAGCACAAGUACCGUUGGGGAAUUACCCGCUCAUUGCAGUAGCGCCAUGGACGGAUCCUGCCUGUGUACAAUCUUAUCUCGAGGUGAUGCGCUUCGACAACGCUCGAGGUGCGAUCUUCUUCCAUCCGGAUAAUUCAAGCGAUCGCCCUCCACCUGUCAGUGAUCAGUCAUGGUCUCUCGAGGAUGGCGGUCGUUGGAAAUCCGACAACCAAUUCCCCAUCUAUGCCCUUCCAGGUAUGCUCGGGGUAUAUAUGCUGGAGGAAUUGGCGCAGUAUUCUGGAAAUAUGUCUUCGGCGCCGUAUGGUAACGAGCUGGUGCAACUCUAUAACCCCAAUGACACGGUCAGACUCUACACUCGAAUGGACAUCAGUCAAUCGAGCGGUAUUCCUUCGCUAUGGGUCUUUUUGAUCAUUGUGCUCGCUAUCUUGCUCGCGGUGGUCCUUAUCACUUCCAUCUUGAUGCAUUGUGUGCAACGUCGGCAACGUCGUGCAUUACAACGUCGUGUGGCUGCUGGCGAAGUCGAUCUCGAAGCUCUAGGUAUCAAACGGCUCAAUGUCCCGCAAGAUCAACUGGAUAAAAUGCCACAAUACGUCUUUACGUCCAAGGCUGAAGGGACGACUGGUACCACAGAAACAGUCGAGAAUUCAGCCAAGACAGGAGCGAACGACAUGACCCCUGUCGUAUCCGCGCCGAGGGAAGUCCAGUUCACACAAGCAACUUGUCCGAUUUGUCUGGAUGAUUUUGUGAAUGGCGAGACGACAGUCCGAGAGCUUCCCUGCAACCACAUCUUCCAUCCAGAAUGUAUUGAUCCGUUCCUUCGUGACAACAGCUCAUUGUGUCCGAUGUGCAAGAAAUCAGCACUCCCAGCAGGAUAUUGUCCUGUUGUGGUGACCAACCUGAUGGUUCGGAGAGAACGACUUGUCCGACGAAUGCGCGAACGAAGAAUCGCUGCGGCACUCCCACCAGAGUCGAAUCCUACCACUGGGUCUACUCCCAUCUCUGCAAUCCGAAACACUGUCCGGAGAUUCUCGACUGCUCCGAACAAUAGACCUCCACCUAACAGUAGUGCCAGCGGAGCCCAUGGUACCGCUUCUGAAUUGCAACCGGUUACUAGACUCCGAUCAACUCAAAUUGACGAUGACAUGCCUGCAGACGUUCGCUCUCAAGGCAUCACAGCUAGGAGAGCCUGGCGGCGCGAAAGACUUGCACGCCAACAAGCCCAGAAUUACGACCAACAGGCUAAUGAGGCGCGGACUGCCGAUGUUUCGAGGCCCUUAUGGCGUCGUAUCGUUGGCCGUUUUAUCCCCAGAUAUGAGUAA